CAUUAAAAGAUAUUAUAAGAUGUCUACGCAUGAGUGGCAAGCACCGGGUCCGGAUGAUAAAAGGUCACCAUGCCCCGCAUUAAAUACUUUAGCUAACCAUGGAUAUCUUCCUCGUAGUGGAGAAAAUAUCACGGCAAGUCAAUUUAUAAAAGCCCUUGAAAAAGGUCUUAAUGCCUCACCCUUGGUCGCCAAUUAUUUAACUUAUUCUGCCCUUCAACAACUUGGAAAGCUAUUUGAUAAAUCUAUCAAUCUUGACGAUCUAAACGUACACAAUAAGAUAGAACAUGAUAUAUCGUUAACUCGUAAAGAUUUUUAUCUCGGUGAUAACAUUAAAGUCGACCCUGAAUUAGUUGAUUUAUUACUCGAACAAAAUGUUGAUGGAAAAAUUAACGAGGAAGCAUUAUCGAAAUCUCAUUGGAUUCGAUUAAACAAUUCCAAACAAUUUAAUCCGACUCUAACGUAUAAUAACUUUAUUUCAGCAGGAGAAUCUUCUUUAUUAUUAAAUUUUAUUGGCGGUAAUACAAAUCUUGAAAUUGAUACUGAAAGAUUGGAAGUGUUUUUGAAACAUGAAAGGUUUCCCGAAGGGUGGAGAAAGCCCGACAAAGCGGUUGGAGUUUGGCCACUAAUUACCGUUGUACGCUCAUUGCUUCAAAGAUAUGACCAAUUGGGGAAAGAACAGAAGGAACAAAAUGUUAGCUAA